GCGUACUGAGGGCUCACACCAUAUGUGCCCUGUCCCAGUGCGCGGGUCUGUGGCGAGCCGGGUGCGAGAGGCGGCGGCGCGAGGGGGACCGAGCCGAGCGGGCAGUGGAGUCAGCCGGGAGACAGUGGGUCUGUGAGACACCGAACCGAGGGGCCGGGGCCGCGAGCGCCGCUGACAAGCGAUGGGGAAGAAACAGAAAAACAAGAGCGAAGACAGUACCAAGGAUGAUACUGAUUUGGGCGCCUUGGCUGCAGAAAUAGAAGGAGCUGGUGCUGCCAAGGAGCAGGAGCCUCAGAAGUCAAAGGGAAAGAAGAAAAAGGAGAAAAAGAAGCAAGACUUUGAUGAGAAUGACAUUCUGAGAGAGCUGGAGGAGUUGUCUCUGGAAGCCCAAGGCAUCAGAGCUGACAGAGACACCGCUGCAGUCAAGCCUACAGAAAACAAUGAAGAAGAAUCUGCCUCAAAACAAGAUAAAAAGAAGAAGGGACAAAAGGGCAAGAAAACAAGUUUUGAUGAGAAUGAUAGUGAAGAAUUGGAAGAUAAAGAUUCCAAGUCAAAAAAGACUGCCAGACCUAACUCAGAGGCACUCCUGUCUGGGAGUGAAGAUGCUGAUGAUUUUAGUAAACUUUCUAAAAAAGGUAAAAAAGCCCAGAAAUCCACAAAAAAACGGGAUGGGUCAGAAGAGGAUGAAGACAAUAGCAAAAGAAGUAAAGAACGUUCGAGGGUAAACUCCUCUGGUGAAAGUGGUGGUGAGUCCGAUGAAUUUUUGCAGUCCAGAAAAGGACAGAAAAAAAAUCAGAAGAACAAGUCAGUUCCUACCGUAGACAGUGGGAAUGAGGAUGAUGACUCUUCCUUCAAAAUUAAGACAGUGGCCCAGAAGAAGGCAGAAAAGAAAGAGCGUGAGAAGAAAAAGAGAGAUGAAGAGAAAGCGAAGUUGCGGAAGAUGAAAGAGAAAGAAGAGCUAGAGAAGGGCAGGAAGGAGCAGAGUAAACAGAGGGAACCUCAGAAGAGACCUGAGGAGGAGGCGUUGACGCUCAGAGGGACUCCUGACACAGGAGCUGCCUCGGAAGAGAAAGGAGACUCUGCUGCAGCUCUGGAAGACGACAAUGAAGGAGACAAAAAGAAAAAAGAUAAGAAGAAAAAGAAAACAGAAAAAGAUGAAAAAGAAAAAGAGAAGAAGAAAGGCCCUAGCAAAUCCACUGUUAAAGCUAUCCAGGAAGCUUUGGCUAAGCUCAAAGAGGAGGAGGAGAGACAGAAGAGAGAGGAAGAAGAAAGGAUUAAGCGGCUUGAGGAGCUAGAGGCCAAACGAAAAGAAGAGGAACGAUUAGAACAAGAAAAAAGAGAAAGGAAAAAGCAAAAAGAAAAAGAAAGAAAAGAACGGUUAAAAAAAGAAGGAAAACUGUUAACUAAGUCCCAGAGAGAAGCCAGAGCCAGAGCCGAAGUGACCCUUAGACACCUUCAAGCUCAGGGUGUUGAAGUGCCAUCAAAAGACUCAUUGCCAAAGAAAAGGCCAGUUUAUGAAGAUAAGAAGAAGAAGAAAACCCCACAGCAGCUAGAGAGUAAAGAAGUAUUGGAAACUUUGGAAAUAAGUGCUCCUGUGGAAGCUGUGGACCAAGGAGUACCGGAAAAGGAAGAAACGCCACCUUCUGUUGAGCCAGAGGAAGAGGAAGACACUGAAGAUGCUGGGUUAGAUGACUGGGAAGCUAUGGCCAGUGAUGAGGAGAGAGAAAAAGAAGGAAAUAUGAUUCACAUAGAAGUAGAAGAAAACCCAGAGGAAGAGGAGGAGGAGGAAGAAGAUGAGGAGGAAGAAGAGAGUGAAGAUGAGGAAGAGGAAGGGGACAGUGAGGGCAGCGAUGGGGAUGAGGAGGACUCAGGGAAGGCCGGAGACACAAAGCCCAGCAAAGACGCUAGCUCAGACUCAGAGUACGACUCCGACGAUGAUCGGACUAAAGAAGAGCGGGCGUACGACAAAGCGAAACGGAGAAUUGAGAAACGACGGCUUGAACAUGGUAAAAAUGUAAAUACAGAAAAGCUGAGAGCCCCUAUCAUCUGUGUGCUUGGACAUGUAGACACAGGAAAGACAAAAAUUCUAGAUAAGCUCCGUCACACACAUGUGCAAGAUGGUGAAGCAGGUGGUAUUACACAGCAGAUUGGUGCCACAAAUGUUCCUCUUGAAGCUAUUAAUGAGCAAACUAAGAUGAUUAAAAAUUUUGACAGAGAGAAUGUCCGGAUCCCAGGGAUGCUGAUUAUUGACACUCCUGGACACGAGUCUUUCAGUAACCUGAGAAACAGAGGAAGCUCUCUUUGUGACAUUGCUAUUUUAGUUGUUGACAUUAUGCAUGGUUUAGAGCCCCAGACAAUUGAAUCAAUCAACAUUCUCAAAUCUAAAAAGUGUCCCUUCAUUGUUGCACUUAAUAAGAUUGACAGGUUAUAUGAUUGGAAGAAGAGUCCUGAUUCUGAUGUGGCUGUUACUUUAAAAAAGCAGAAGAAGAAUACAAAGGAUGAAUUUGAGGAGCGUGCAAAGGCCAUUAUUGUAGAAUUUGCACAGCAGGGUUUGAAUGCUGCUUUGUUUUAUGAGAAUAAAGAUCCCCGCACUUUCGUGUCCUUGGUACCUACCUCUGCACAUACUGGUGAUGGCAUGGGGAGUCUCAUCUACCUUCUUGUGGAGUUAACUCAAACCAUGUUGAGCAAGAGGCUUGCACACUGUGAAGAGCUGAGAGCACAAGUCAUGGAGGUUAAAGCUCUCCCAGGAAUGGGCACAACAAUAGAUGUCAUAUUGAUCAAUGGACGUUUGAAGGAAGGGGAUACAAUCAUUGUCCCUGGAGUAGAAGGGCCUAUUGUCACUCAGAUUCGAGGCCUCCUUUUACCUCCUCCUAUGAAGGAAUUACGUGUGAAGAACCAAUAUGAAAAGCAUAAAGAAGUCGAAGCAGCUCAGGGAGUGAAGAUUCUUGGGAAAGACCUUGAGAAAACACUGGCUGGUUUACCUCUCCUAGUGGCCUACAAGGAUGAUGAAAUCCCAGUUCUCAAAGAUGAAUUGAUCCAUGAGUUAAAGCAGACACUAAAUGCUAUCAAACUAGAAGAAAAAGGAGUUUAUGUCCAGGCAUCUACACUGGGCUCUUUGGAAGCUCUUCUUGAAUUUCUGAAAACAUCAGAGGUGCCAUAUGCGGGAAUUAACAUUGGCCCAGUCCAUAAAAAGGACGUUAUGAAGGCUUCAGUGAUGUUGGAACAUGAUCCCCAGUAUGCAGUAAUUUUGGCCUUUGAUGUAAGAAUUGAACGGGACGCACAAGAGAUGGCUGAUAGUUUGGGAGUUAGAAUCUUUAGUGCAGAAAUUAUUUAUCACUUAUUUGAUGCCUUUACAAAAUACAGACAAGACUACAAAAAACAAAAACAAGAAGAAUUUAAGCACAUAGCAGUAUUUCCCUGCAAGAUGAAAAUCCUCCCUCAAUACAUUUUCAAUUCUCGAGAUCCAAUAGUAAUAGGGGUCACUGUGGAGGCUGGUCAAGUGAAACAAGGAACACCUAUGUGCGUUCCAAGCAAAAAUUUUGUUGACAUUGGGAUAGUAACAAGCAUUGAAAUAAACCACAAACAGGUGGAUGUUGCAAAAAAAGGACAAGAGGUCUGUGUCAAAAUAGAACCUAUCCCUGGGGAAUCUCCCAAAAUGUUUGGGAGACAUUUCGAAGCUACAGACAUACUUGUCAGUAAGAUCAGCCGGCAGUCCAUCGAUGCACUCAAAGACUGGUUCAGAGAUGAAAUGCAGAAGAGUGACUGGCAGCUUAUUGUGGAGCUGAAGAAAGUAUUUGAAAUCAUCUAAUUUUCCCACACGGGAUAGAAUUUGGAGUAAAUGUAAUAUUAUGUUGUGAUAUUACCAACGGAACAGACAUUUGGACGCUGAUGGACUUAGGUGUAUAAAAUGUUUUCCAUGAGAAACCAAGCAACUUACACUGGUUUGACAGUGGUCAGUUCCCUGCCCCACAGUCCAGCGUGUCUGCACUCACCCACCCUUCCUUUAAGACUUGGCUGCUGUUUUAAAGUUUGCCCUUCCUUCAAAUUUGGAUUUUUAUUACAAAUCUAAAUCUUUCAAUUUUAUACUGAUUAAAUCAGUCCUGCAGUAUUUGAUUAACCAAGCUUCUACAGAUUUUGUGAUUCUUGGGACUUUUCUGAUGUAAGAAAUAAGUUUAUGGGUAUUCUUUUCACAGUGACUUACCCUUCUCCCACCCCUAGCAUUCCUUUGCCACAUGCCCUUAGUGAAUUUUCUAACUAGAAAAUGUAGGUAGGGACUCUUAUUCCCUUCUGCUUUGUGUGCAACCAUGGCUGGCUGCAAUUACUGCUUGUACUAGUCAUGAGAGCUCAUUGGAACAAACUGCCAAUAAAGAGGAGCCAUUGCAGUCCAGUAGGCUCUGCUAGGCCUCCAUUCUAGCUCAUCCUCAGCACCUGCUAACGCUUGCUCUCAGAGGGCGUUCUGCAUACAUUCCAUUGUUUUCUGUCACUGUUUCUGCAUGAUUAGACCUCAGUGAUUCAUUCACACACCUCAUGACUAGACUGCAUAGUUAUUCCUGAGGAUCCAAUAGCAUCCUUUGAAGAAACCUGCUGUAGGAGAACUUGAAGUUCAGAGUGUUCAUUCAUUCAAAGUGUCCACUACAAAUGAAUGUAUUAU